AUGGCCGAGAAUACGGGAACCAAAUCGCAGCAGACCAACGGCAAUAGUCGAGGCACUGGUAUAACCGAAGUCUGCGAUGUGGUCAAGUAUGUCUCCGACACUGCCUUGAUCGGCAAGGCCCUUACCGCGCAGUUUCCCGAAGCUGGCCUGCGCAUCGACAGCAAUCAAGAACUUCUCAACAACAUUCGCGAGCCCACCAACGAUACCGUCGGACGGCAGAAACCGCGUGGUUUGCUCGACCUGCCCCGCGAACUGAGAGAUCUCAUCUACGUACAUGUCAUCGGAGAAUCAACCACGAGCCUACGGAGCGCCAACAGACCUCGACACGUCUCAAAUCCAUCGCAUCUCGCUCUCAAGCCAUCUCCCUACGCAACGAACAGUGGCAUGGUCGGCCUCAACCGACAAGUCCGUGAGCAGUUAACCGAGAUGCUCUGCUCUGCUCCAGAGAUUAAGCUCACUGUGCGAAUCUCCGAGUAUCUCAACUUCCGGCAUGCCGUCAAGAUGGUCGAGUCCUGGAUCACUCACCCGAAUGGUCGUCUGACCAAAUGUCCACUAAAGAUCACCAUCACCAUCGACGUCCACGACUGGGACGAAAUCAUGAUACUCGAGGACUCGUGGCGUAGGAAUCGUCGCAAUGCUAUCCAUAGCGUGAAUCGGUGGCUGAAAGCCUGGAGCAAAGUGUCAGACCUGCCGGGCGCUCCGAAAAUCAGCUACACUUCGCAAGGCACUGCACAAGAGCUCUCGGCGUUCAAGUGGUUUUUGAUUAACACGGAUCCAGCCUCCGGUAAUGUGGCCUGCUCAUCACAUUGCAGCCUCAUCAUCUGGAAUGUCAAACAAGACUUCGAACGAGUCAAUGACUGCGAGAUUGAGGCGUUUUAUCGCCGCCAAGCCAUUGACAAGUUCAGGGAUCCUAUCAUCAGCACGGAGAGCUUGCACUAG